AUGCCAGUGGUGGGCUGGCGAUUAUCCUUAAAAAACAAUUUCAAGCCCAAGCAGUCGAAUCAACAGAUAGCUGGAUAUUCUUACAUACCAUCCAGGAACAUCAACACGCUUCUCGAGCUCUUCCAAAGCACGCUAGAUGAGAUCCUGUGCUCAUUUGGACACCUGCCUAUACUACUGACCGGUGAUUUCAACGCGAGACUUGGCAACCUUAAUUCUCUGCCAGAAGAGGUAACACUCGGAUCCAAUUUAAGCCCCGAUAGAGUUUCUUUAGACACAGUCACCAACUACAGAGGCCAAAAGCUAGUUGAAUGCCUGGAGAAUAAUAGCCUGAUCUUAUUAAACGGAAGAACAUUAAGCGACACUCCUGCGCAAUUUACUUGCACUCAUAUUGGUCACAGUAUAGUUGACUUUGGCUGGAUCAGCGGUAACGGGCUAAAGGAUAUUAAAGACCUUGAGGUCAUUCAAGAACACAACCCGUCGGACCACUUUCCAGUUCUGAUCAGUCUUACAGCCGAAAGAGACGAACUGCCAGAUGCUUUGGAAAAGAAAGCAAGAAGAGUGCGCCUCAAGUGGAAGCCGGAAAAGAAGGAAGAGUAUAAAGACUAUUUAAGACACUCGAAUAGCAUCGCAGCCGAUUUCGAGGCAGAAGAUGUUGAAAUAAUUGCCGCAAAGCUCUCGGGCGCUAUCGCGGGCGCUGCACACGCUGCUCAAAUGUCCUCGACUUCAUACACGGGCCACCACAAAACCAAGAAACGGAAACAGGAUUGGUUUGACUCGGAGUGUUCCUCUGCCCAUGAACUAGUUAAAAAAAGCUUUGCUGAUUGUAAAUCUGCGUCCUUCAAUAACGCCCAACUUGAGAUAUAUAGACGAGCUAAAAGAGACUACUUUGAGCUGACCAAAAAGAAGAAAAUGAAGCUACAAAUAAAAAAGCUAGAUGCUCUCGCGAACACAAAAAAUGCCGCAGAAUUGUGGAAAACAAUAAAAGAGGUCAGACGAACUCAAUCUUUGCCUAAUCCAAUUCCGCUCAGAGAUUGGGAAGACUUCUACGACAAGAUCACCCCACAAAUCGCUCCAGACUCUACGACAUUCGUUGGGGUAGAACAUCCUGAGCUGGAUAAAGAAUUCACAAUGGAAGAACUGGAUAAAGCUUUCGCUAGCAGUAAAAAUAAUAAGUCGCCAGGCCCAGAUGACAUCCAAAAUGAAUUCUUGAAGAACAUGCCAUAUAAUUGGAAGCUUUACACGUUAUGUCUAAUCAACAAAAUCCUGAGGGAAGAAACUACACCAGAACAUUGGUUUACGGCUCUUAUUUCUCUAAUCCAUAAAAAAGGUGACAAACUAGAUCCCUUAAAUUACCGAGGCAUCGCCUUGAUAAAUCACAUUGCCAAAUUGCUGACGAAUAUGAUAAAUAAACGACUGACGAAAUGGGCCGAAAAAUGCAAAAUACUACCUGAAUCACAAGCCGGAUUCAGAGCUGGAAGAGGCUGCAAUGACAACUUAUUUACUCUGCUCGCUGCACUUAACUGUCGACUGAGACAACGCAUGGCAUCUCAAUUCCUGCUAUUUGUGGACUUUAGAAGAGCAUUUGACUUGGUGCAGCACAAACUGCUCUGGAUAAAACUCGUCGAGGCCGGCUGCAGUGCCAAACUGGUCAGACUUCUACGCAAUAUCUACAAUUCUGCCAACUUCAAGUUGAAAGUUAAUGGCGAGAUCUCGCGUGAAUUCGAGAUAAAGAAAGGAGUUCUGCAAGAUGACCUGGUCAUCUUAGCCUCAUCGCCAAAGGACCUGCAGAAGAAAAUUAAUCAUCUCAAACGUUACUGUGACAACAACCUGUUAAAUGUCAACAUUGACAAAACAAAAAUUGUUGUUUGCAGAAGGGGUGGUAGGCCAGCAAAUUUAAAAAAGUUUCAUUAUGGUGACAAGGUAAUUGACAUCACAAACUCUUACGAAUACCUGGGCUUAAAAAUCACCACAUCAGGAUUAAGCAGACCGACAGCAUUGGCUGCGAUAAAUAAAGCCAAAAUGGCAUUCAGUGCGGUACACCCUACCCUCAUAAAAGCAAAAACAGAUUCGUUCGAGUGUAUUAACAAAUUAUUUGACAGCAUCGUUGUCUCAACCUUAAUAUACGCCUCACCAAUCUGGGCUAUGAGAUACUUAGAUAUGAUCGAACAAGUCCAAGUGGAAUUCUUUAAGAGAAUUUUUGGUUUGCCAAGAAGCACUGAAGGUGCCUUACUGAGAGUUGAACUAGGCAGAUUGCCGCUAGCACUCCAAGUCAUCACAGCUACGUGGAACUGGAUUAUUAAAAUCCUAGAAAUGGAAGAAGAUAGAUAUCCGAAAAUAUGCCUACGCCGCCUUAUGGCACUCAGGAACUUCGACAGCAACGAUAAAUAUAACUGGCUCGCUUUGUUUCUCAACCAAAUCAGUAAAUUUGCACCAGAACUUAUCCCAGCUCUUGAAAAACUUGAGAUAGAAACUUGGAAAGCCUUUAAGCAUUACUUUCUUGCUAAACUCAAAAACCAUCUUCUACAAGAAGACCGGAGAAGAGCGAAUAACGCACACUACCUACAACUGCAACUUCAAAGACCUGUGGCUGGCAAUAAGGCUGAAAUUUUGAAUAGAAGAGUUAAUUUCAACGUACUUAAAGUGCUCCUGCAAGUUAGAUUAGCCAGCAAGUACCAUUUCCGCCUAGCAUUCAACCAGAUAAUUUACAAAUUCAACCCAGGGCUGCUGUGCCCCAUCUGCAACACUAAUCAGCCUGAUACUCUCGAGCAUUUCUUCUUCAACUGCCCAAUUUUUGAGCCCUAUCGCAAACCGUUCGUGACCUCUGCAGUGACUCCAACUGAUCUCCGCUGGAAUUUCCUGAAUAGCAGUGAUACUUCACUGAUUAAAAAUACCUUCUUCUAUAUUCAACAAUGUUGCCGCCUCAGAGCUUUCUGCUUAAAUGAAUAA